AUGGCAACAUUCGACCGCCGCCGCAUCCCAGCUCCCGAGGACUCGAAACCUCCUGUGUACCUCUCCACGACGGCAGGACCAUCCCGUUCGCGCGGCAAUGACGAGCUGCGGCCAUUGUUCAUCAAGACCGGCCUCGUGACCCAGGCCAAUGGGAGCGCAUAUGUCGAGGCGGACGGGGUCAAGAUUGCUUGUUCUGCGUUCGGGCCGCGCCCCCGCCCACCACCGUUCACGAGCACGGGGACGCUUAAUGUCGAAGUCAAGUUUGCGCCAUUUGCGAGUCAGGUGCGGCGCGCGCCUUUACGGGACACCGAGCCUGUCUCGCACGCCGCCGUGCUCACAAACCUCCUCCUUCCCGCGGUACACCUCCAUCUCCUGCCCAAGAUGAGCGUCGACGUGCACAUCUACGUCCUCGAGGGCGAUUCUGAUGCGAGCGUGCUCGCUGCGGGACUGAGUGCGGCAUGUGUAGCUCUCGCGGAUGCCGGGAUUCCCCUCAGCGGUCUGGCUGUUGGAAGUACCGUCGCUCUCCAUGGCUCAACGGCCCUCCUCGACCCCUCUGGACCUGAAUGCACGGGCGCCGACGCGACGCUCACCCUCGGCGCUAUGCCUGCGCUUGGCCGCGCAACGAGCCUCCACAUGACGGGCGAGGCGGAUUUGGACGCCGUGUGCGACAUGGUCGAGGCUGCUCUCGCCGGAGCGACAUCUGCACACGAUGCCGUCGCCGUGGCGCUUUUUGACGGAGUGCAAUAA